AGGAGAAGAAAAGAAAUGGCAUCCUUGGCCCGCGCCGCCGCCACCGCCGCGAGAGCGGCCCUCCGCCCGGCGCCCCUCGCCGGCCGUGGCCUCGGCCUCGGCUCCUCCCUGCCGUCUUCCUCGCCCGCACGAGCCGCCCGCCUCCUCCGCAGGUCGGCGGUGGCGGGGCUGGAGACGCUGCUGCCCCUGCACACCGCGGUCGCGUCGGCGCGCCUCAAGUCCUGCAUCGCCGUCGACUCCACCUGCUGGUGCUCCCUCUCCCAAGGUUUUAAAAAGCGCGUCUGAUCAUGGUUAGGAGCUGUGCAGCUGAGAAGUGAGACACCAAGUUAAAAAGAAAGUGCAUUUGUUUGCUGAUAUUUCUUAGACAUGUGUCCCAUCUAUUUUGCCAUUGCUCUCGAUGAAUGUACUCUUAACAAAAUAAGGCAUACUGUUUUUUGUGUGUCAUAUAUUGAAUAUUGUGGUCUUGCUUGGCAGAUCAGAGUCCUUUUAUACAACCAGUAAUGCAUAUCAGAAUGUUAGUUUUGUUUGCCAGUAAUAACAUAAUGAAUAUUGACAUCUUGCUUGGUAGACUAUACUCCUACACAGCGAGGAAAUAUCGAAUUGAUCAAGUAUAGUUAGUAAGUGAAUUGAACAUGAGAUGUUUGUAGUUGGCACAAGUGAAUUGAAAUGCUUAUUCUCCGUUUUUUCUUAUUGGAAAAGAUG